UGUCAGCAAAUGAAAUGGCAUUAUGUCACACAACAUGAGAAUAAUUUUCACAGUUCUACAUAUUCUUCUGCCGCUGACAGCUUCAAGGGAUGGCCCCAUUACAGAGGGUUCUAGCAAAAAUCCAGUCCAGGAAUGGGAUGACCCACUCCUUUUGCUCUCAACACUGGAUGGCUCCUUUUAUGGAGUUGGACAAAAAACAGGAUACAUUAAAUGGACAUUGAAGGAUGAACCUGCUGUCAAAGUGCCUGUGGAUACUACAAAAGCCAUCAUUCCUCUGUUCUUGCCAGAUCCUAAAGAUGGAUCAUUGUAUAUGCUUAGGAGUUCCGACAGAGAAGCUCUUAAAAAGUUACCAUUCACUAUACCGCAAUUGGUUGCAUCAUCACCUUGUAGGAGUAGCGAUGGUAUUCUGUACACAGGAAAAAAAAUUGAUACGUGGUUUGCCAUGGACCCAAAUACAGGCGUCAAACAAGAGAUUUUAAGUUUCAACAAGCCAGAUAAAACUUGUCCCCUUGAAUCUUCUGAUGUUAUAUUCAUAGGAAGAACUGAAUACAACAUAAUGAUGUUUGAUAGUAAACAAAAGGAAAGAAGGUGGAAUGUCACAUUUUGUGAUUACUCCUCAAACGUUAUGGAUGCUGAAGCACUAAAUAAUUAUGAAUUUGUUCACUUCACUGCUAGCUCAACAGGACGCACCGUCAGUCUGGAUCGGAGAGUGGGUACAUUUCUGUGGGAACAAAAUUAUGGAUCCCCAGUGAUUGCCAUGUAUCUGCUUCAGAAUGAUGGCCUUGUAUCUGUGCCAUUCACAAGUGUCGCGGAGGAGACACUGGAUCACCUUGUAAUGCAGUUCACAUCAUCCACAGACCAGAUUAGAGUCAGCGAUAAAAUGAAUUUAUACCCAACACUUUAUAUUGGAGAACAUCUUCAUGGGUUGUAUGCACUUCCUUCUUUGGUUGAUCAAAACACAGUAACAAUUGGUCCAGCACAGACCGGUAUUCUGCUUCUAGAAGGCCCAUCCCAUUCACAGUCCCACCAGGUGCCAACACUGCACUACCACGACAGCGGUAGUAGUCCAGGACUGCCUUUGCCUGGUCACAAUGUGAGGCUAUCACAGCCCUCGGAUCAUGUUAAUGUUCCAUUGACAUUUCAAAGUUUGCCAAAGGAAGAAAAUGACUUCAUUGCACCAUUAAUAAUUUUAGGCUACUACAAAGUACCAGACUAUACCAAAACAGUUCUUCAAAUAGCAGGAAGGUCCGAUAAAAUAAUUGCAUCUCCAGAAAGUCUUGUUAUUGUUGAUCAUAAUGAAACAAAUUUUGAAAGAAUGUCCAAAGCUGAAGAGUCUGCUAAAAGUUCAAAUGAGACUGUGGAGCCCGUACUACGAAACAAAAAGGAGAAGUCUGUUGGAGUACAGACUGAAGAAUCAGAAGGAGCAUGGGAGAAACUGAGAAAUAGCAACAUCACAUUCUAUUUCUCUAAAGAUUUUGUUACAUUUUCCUUUGGAUCAGCCAGGUUAUGGUUGAAUCAGCAGGAGAAUAAGGGUCUCAAGCUGACACUCAUUGUGCUAGUUGGUUGCAUAAUCGCCAUGUUUUGGUACUUCAGUGCUCAGGUACGAGAAUUUCAGCAACUUUCACAAGGCUCGCGUUCCAGUAAUAGACUGAUCUCUGGUGGCCGUAACUUGGCGAUAACUGCAUUGGCAGAGGAUGUUGGUGGUGGGAAUGUCCAAGUUGGCAAAAUUACAUUCAACACAAAUGAAAUAUUGGGUACAGGCUGUGAAGGAACAUUUGUGUUUAAAGGGAUAUUUGACAAUCGAGCAGUGGCUGUCAAGCGUCUGCUUCCAGAAUGCUUCACAUUUGCAGAUCGAGAAGUUGAUUUGCUUCGAGAAUCAGAUGAACAUGGAAAUGUAAUACGAUAUUUUUGUAUGGAACAGGAUAAACAGUUCCGCUACAUUGCGCUUGAGUUAUGUGCUGCCACUCUACAAGAUUAUGUAGAAGGAAAGUUUCACUGCACCAAACUUAGUGCCCUUGACAUUCUGCAUCAGUCAACAGCUGGCUUAGAACAUCUGCAUUCUUUGGAUAUUGUUCAUCGUGAUAUUAAACCACACAAUGUACUGCUGUCCAUGCCUAAUGCAAAAGGCGAAGUUCGAGCUAUGAUAUCCGAUUUUGGACUGUGUAAGAAAUUAAAAACAGGAAGAAUGUCCUUCUCAAGACGAUCUGGUGUGGCUGGCACAGAUGGCUGGAUAGCUCCGGAAAUGCUCAAUGGAAGCAGCAGAACAACAUGUGCAGUAGAUAUAUUUUCUCUUGGUUGUGUGUUUUACUAUGUACUUUCGAAUGGUAAUCAUCCUUUUGGGGACACACUGAGAAGACAAGGAAAUAUUAUCAGUGGAGAAUACAGGCUCAGUGACUUACAAGGAGAAGAACAACUGCUUCAGAGAAUACUUGUGGAGCAAAUGAUAAGUUUAGAUCCAAUGGAACGCCCUCCAGCGAGUGCUGUGAGAGUGCAUCCCAUCUUCUGGAACAAGGCACAGAUAUUAACUUUCUUGCAGGAUGUAAGUGAUCGUGUAGAAAAAGAUGACCAGGAGAGUCCGGUGUUACAAGCCCUGGAAGAAGGAGCCUAUGGUGUCGUCAGAGACGACUGGAGAAAUAUGAUCGACUCAGAAGUAGCUCAGGAUCUGAGGAAAUAUCGUAACUACCGAGGAACAAGUGUGAGAGAUCUGCUGAGAGCUCUUCGUAACAAGAAGCAUCAUUAUCGUGAGCUGUCAGAGGAAGCCCAGCGAAGUCUUGGUGAAAUCCCUGAUAAAUUCAUUGAUUAUUGGACUCAGCGUUUCCCAUUACUUCUUCUACACACAUGGAUAACAAUGCAGUCUGUAAAAAAUGAACCAAUCUUCAGCCAAUAUUAUCAUAAGGAUUACGUCUUCAGCCAGAUUUUGUAUGUAAAUGUUAGCAAAGAUGCAUACAGUACAUUCAGUAGCACAGCACUGGCAGAUAAUAACCUUAAUGUAAUGCAGCACUGGACAAAAAGAAAAUCUCCAUCAGAUAAUACUAAAAAAGAUAACACACAAAUAGUGAAUGACAUAAAUGAACAACAAUAUUUUGAACACAGUAAUUUUCAAGCAAGGAAAUACAAUGAAAUAUCACCUCAUUUAAGAAGACGGACAGAUAGAGGUAGACACAGAAAAGAAAACUCACCUAGGAGAUUUCAGAGCACUGGAAGAGAUUCUUGUGCUUCAAAAUUUGAAAACUGGAGAGCUGAAGACGAUCCUCUUCGACUGUUACAUCAGAAAAUGGAACUUGCAAGGGCUAGAGAUGAUACUAAUACUGCAGAUCAUUCAAGAAACAUAAAUGACGUCCAGUACAGUAGAGGCUCCCCAGAAAAGUUUGUUUCGUGGAGAGAUGAGGGGAAACAGACUGACACUAGACAGAUGCUUGACAGAACUGUGAUCCAUGAAGAUUCAGGUCCUGUAUAUAGAUCAGAAAUACAGAAUAUAGAUAAGUCUGAUUUGAAGCCUACUCAGGUUUCUGAAAUGGAAAACCAGUCACUGUUAACUUUAGGUUAUGAGAGGCAGACUCCAUCUUUAUGGAGGCAACAGGACAAAGAGCUAAAGAAUGAUGUUAGAAACCGGCCAAUUAAAAAACGCCACAGACAUAAAUCGGCAGAAACCCCUGUAAUGUGGAUGUUACCUGAUCCUGUAACUCCCAAAAAUGACUGACAGAAUGUAUUUAUAUCAGAGGUAUGCUGAUUUGGCAGUGACACAGUUGGUGUAAUGAUACAGCAGUGAAAUUGAAGGAAAAAUACCUUUCAACCUUCUUGAGGUAAAUCCGAUGUUUUUGAGACUUCCUCUGACUCCAUCAUUAGGUCUGAUAUGGGGAAUGACCAUAAGUCACUGCAUAUCUUUAGUCAGGCAGAAUAAAGUUCUGUCGUCAUUGGCACACGAGGUUGAAGGGUAGAGCCAAACCGAGCAGUUGUCACUCCUGUUUCAGAUGUUACCCUCAGUCGGUAUAGUGACAGGCUAAAGGCUGGAUUCUCUGCAGGGGCAAGAGAUUUUUCUCCUCUCUGCAGGGC